AGGAAACAUUAUGUGCAGGCAUUAUAUAAGCCGUGGCUUGUGUGAUUCACUCUUGCUUCCCCUGGAUUUCCUUUUCUUCCAAUGGAUGCUGGGGAAGAAGCCAUAGUUGUCCCGCACGCCAUCAAGAGGAGGAGAACCAAGCGGAAGAAACAGUUUCCGGUCACUAUGGCUCCGACUUCUUCGUCUUCCUCGGAGGAGAAGGACAUGGCCAAUUGCCUCAUACUUCUCGCCGGCGGCCCGCCGCCGAAGAAGAUAAAAAGCAAGACAGUCGCGCCAAAUGGCAAAGCCAAAGUAAUUUUUUUCGUUUGCAAGACGUGCAAUAAAUGCUUCCCAACCUUCCAAGCGCUCGGCGGCCACCGGACAAGCCAUAAGAAGCAUCCUAUCACGCCUGUUAAAGAAAAGAAAACAGGGGAGAUUGAAGAGGAUUCGAUUCAAUUAACUAUGAAUUCAUUCCCCAACUCAAACAAUGCCAAGGCCGCAAGAGUCCACGAAUGUGUAACAUGCGGCGCAGUGUUCUCCUCCGGUCAGGCCCUCGGCGGACACAUGCGACGGCACAGGCAGACGAGCCUUCCCGAGCCCGUGGAGGCGAAGAAGGAAGCCAAGAAUAAGAAAGAAAAUAUUGUGAUGUCUUUGGAUCUCAACCUCCCUGCUUCCGAGGACGACAACAUCCUCAGUGCCGGCGGUGAAUUGCCGAGAUCUACGUCGCCCGCAGCGCCAUCGUCAUUCUCAUUUGAGAGCAAGCCGCCGCUUCUGUCGAUGUCGCUCUUCUGGAUUGCUCCUACUGAUGAACAACCGGAAGAUCAAUCGGAAGAUGACUCUCUUUUUUAAUUGUCCAAAUUACCGCAUCCCAAAAUGAAAGAUAUGAAUAACAUGUAUACCCUAUUCACCAUUUUUUAUCAUUAUUUGAAAACUUGAGCAGUUUGUUAAAGGGCAUUAAAUGACAUUUUUAAUGAGUAAGAAACAUAGUAAAAAUAAUAAGAAAAUUUCUUAA